CUUGAGAUUGAGAGGAGUUGAAGAAGGUUAGUUCCCGCUAAAUGUGGCGCUUAAUUUGUUUAGUGUUAUUGUAAACUCUCACUGUCUGUCACUCAACGAAACACAAGAUAAAGAUAUUACAUGUUUGUUUCGUUUAUACCCUUUCGCGUGAUUAUUUUAUUUUUUUAUUCUCUCAUUUGCCCCCUUUUCUCAACGAAUUCCACCGCAGAUAACCUUCAACUUCGUUGUUGUUGUGAGCUGUUCCUCACUUGUGUUGUGGGAUUUUCUUUUGACUUUUUUUUUUUUUUUUAGUAAUUUAUGUGUAAAUUUGUUUUUGGGGUGUUAUCCAUGGGUGGUAAUUAUUACUUGUGUUGUUGUUGUUGUUAUUAUUUGUGGUGGGGUUAUAAUAUGGAAAACAAUUCUCUUCUUCAAUGGAAUCUCAAGACUUGAAGAGGAAUACAAUUUUUUUUCCUUAUACUUAUUUUUUGGGGUUUUCGUAAGAUUUGAUUCGGGAUAUCUUCAUGCUUCUGAGGAGGGAUUCGUCUUUCCUUAUCAACGGUUAGGGUUUUACAGUUAAUUUUAGGAAAAUCAAUAAUAUGAAACGGAAUUUUCCUAAUUUCAUUAUCGUCAUUUGUGUAUUAAUUUACUGAUGAAUAGGAAAUUUGAGUGAGUGUAAUAUGAGUGGUUCUGUUUUGUUGUUUGCUUGAAUGUGUUUAUUAUACACAUAGCAAUUUGCAACUGCUGUGUCUUUUGAUAAAGAGAUGAGUUGCUUUUGUUGUUUAAGUCGAAAGACACAAGACAUCAAAGUCGAUAUUGAUAAUGGUACUCGAUCCACUUCUCACCAUUCUUCUGUAUCUUCAGAAAAUGGGAGAGUUAAUUAUAAGGAAAAUGGCGCAAAAAGAGCAGGUGGGGCGCGUAGUUUCACAUUCCGUGAACUAGCAACAGCAACGAAGAACUUUAGAGAUGUGAAUUUGAUUGGGGAAGGAGGUUUUGGAAAAGUUUACAAGGGGCGCUUGGAAUCAGGCCAGAUUGUUGCGGUCAAACAACUUGAUCACGAGGGUGUUCAGGGGCAUCAAGAAUUCAUUGUGGAGGUUCUCAUGCUCAGUCUGUUACACCAUGCUAAUCUUGUUACCUUAAUUGGCUACUGCACUGCUGGAGAUCAGAGACUAUUGGUUUAUGAGUAUAUGCCAAUGGGUAGUUUGGAAGAUCAUCUUUAUGAUGUGGCAGGCGACCAAGAGCCGUUGAGUUGGAACACUCGCAUGAAAAUUGCUGUUGGUGCUGCUCGUGGCCUUGAGUAUUUACAUUGCAAGGCAGAUCCUCCCGUCAUUUACCGGGAUUUGAAGGCCGCAAAUAUUUUGCUGGACAAUGACUUCAACCCAAAACUCUCGGAUUUUGGGCUUGCCAAAUUGGGACCUGUUGGUGACAAAACGCAUGUUUCAACUAGGGUGAUGGGAACAUAUGGAUACUGUGCCCCUGAGUAUGCCAUGAGUGGCAAAUUGACUCUUAAAUCUGAUAUUUAUAGUUUUGGUGUUGUACUUUUGGAGUUAAUCACUGGGCGGAAGGCAAUAGAUCUUAGUAAGGCGCGUGCGGAACAGAAUCUAGUGGCUUGGUCUCGGCCAUUGUUAAAAGACCAAAAGAAGUAUUCCCAUCUGGCUGAUCCUCGGUUGCAAGGACGCUUCCCUCGCCGUUGUUUAAACUAUGCAAUUGCUAUUACUGCUAUGUGUCUAAACGAGGAAGCCACUUACCGCCCAAUGAUUACUGAUAUUGUUGUAGCACUUGAUUAUCUGGCCUCCCAGAGUGAGAAUAACUCAGUAUCCCGUAAUGCUGGUGCCAACAGUGCCCCCUCAUCAACGACUGAAUUUUCUCGAGGUUCUUAUUCUGGAAAGAGUACAUUUGUUUGAAUGUUUUUGGUUACGAGCUGCUACAACGAUGUUAUUGCUAUGGAUCACCUUGUCAGAACUCUGAAGGAGACCCAUAAAAUACUGGAAUUUGAUAUACAAAUCUAUAUGCACCAAGAGAAUGCAUAUAAUAUUAUAUGUGUACAUGUAUGUAUAUAUUGAUCAAGGUAUGUAAUAGUGGCAUUUUUUCCUUUGAAACCAUGACAAAGGUAAUCUAAGCUGCUUGUGUUUGGUUGAAGUUGGAACUUAUGGAAGGGGAAAAAUGAAGUAGACAAACUGUGCUUAUCCUAAGAUGACGACACCCUUUGUAAGAAGAAAUUAUAUCAAGAUUUAGUAAUACAAUAGCGACCCACAAAAUUAGAUAAAAUAGCAUAUAAAAUAAAGUAUUAAUAUUCUUUCUAGGUUUUAUUAUGUUUCAGUAUGAAACCCUUCUGUUUUGAUGCAAUGGCUCUGUAGUUUCUGGGAUUCUCUUUAUGCCCAUGUAAUUAAAUAUUUUUAUUCAUA